GUUGUGAAUGUGUUGUUAUUGAAUACAUGUAUUGUUUUUGCAAUCAUUUCAAAACAGAUAUAAUUCUUCAUUGAUUUUAAUUAUCAAUUGAUUGACCAAUUGAUCCACCAAUUGAUCGCCAAAUAUCAUAGUCAUCACAAUGUCAUCAACACUUGAGUCUUAUGUUAAUCACACAGUUUCGGUGAUCACAGCCGAUGGCCGACAGAUUGUGUUGUGUGAUUGUUGUCUGAUUUGUUGUCAUUUAAAGGGAACCCUUAAAGGCUUUGACCAAACAGUUAAUGUCAUAUUAGAUGACAGUCACGAACGUGUUUACAGCACAUCCCAUGGCGUUGAACACGUGGCUCUUGGAUUGUAUAUCGUUAGAGGAGAUAACGUAGCUGUCAUCGGCGAGAUUGACGACGAUUUGGACAAUAAAUUGGACUUCAGUACCAUUAAAGCUGAACCAUUGAAUCCAGUGGUUCAUUGAUUGUUAUUGAUUUUGAUUUUAUAAUUUUGA